AAGUUGAAUAGUAAUUAGUUCAGUUUUCAAGAAACCUUCAUGGAAUGCCACCUGUGGGCUAAGUAUUGUUGAUCCAAGAUGGACAAAACAGCCUCAGACUUUAGGGAACAGCAUUCUGCUGUUGAAAACCCUUGUAUAAACCAAGGAGUAGAUUGUAAUCCCCCAGUGAAUAUAUACAAAAUAUCAUUUUCAGAACUGGCUAAAAAACUUUCUUUUUAAUCGGCGUGACAUGUACAACAUAAUUAACUGAUCUGCCAAGUAGUCAGAUAUUCAAGUGAGACUUCAAUAUUCGCAAGUCUCAGGUUGACAUACAUAGGGUAGAGGGUUGGGGUGCGCUCUCCCCAGUAUCCCCAGCAGCAUGCAUUGUUUCUUUUUAUUCUGGUUGUUGAGAUCUCCCCGGGUAACAUGCACAAAAUGUUCUGAGUGUCUCAAGUAUAUGCCAGGUCAGUUAGUCAGCAAUUCUGCUUAAAAAAUGGGCCCAUUUUCCCAUUACACCAAUGUUACAUUUUCAAAAUGGAAGCAAUUUAAAAUGUAAAUGUAAAAGCAUUUGCUGUGCAGAAAAGGGAGACUCUAGGGCCAGGACUAGAAUCCAAGUCUCCUCAUGCCUAGUUUGAUGUGUUUUCCAUUAUACUUCAUGAUUGAGUCUUAGGGCACCAAGCAGGUGAUGAUUAAUCUUUAUGGACUUUUUAUCCAGUGCUGAUUCUAUGGACUAGUUUAUACCAGGCAACAGAGAUUUAAAGUUGGACAGGUCAAUGAUGGCAGCUGAUAAACAGCUCAGUGACAGGACAGAAGAAUAGAUGGACAGUUUACACCCUGAAAAGGGUUAGUUGCAGAGGAAAGGGCACCAAGCAGAGGGGUGGGAACACCUUAGGGAGGUCUUCUCAAUUUAGUGAGUGCAUGAAAGUUCUUUUACUUUUUCCGGAGCUGGGACUUGAAGAGCUGCUGGGCCUUCCCGCAUUGGGUGAAAGGUCAGGCUCCCAAAUUGCUGAUAGUGAUAAGAUUAGGAUAUAAUCUAAUCAAACAAAAUGUGAUCAAUGCUGGUAUUUUAAACCAAUUUUCCACUGUUCAGUACUUCAUUUUAGUAGUAAUAAUAGUAAUAGUGAAAUUUAGUGCUUAUAGGAUGAGGGUAAGGGCCCUCAAGGAUGGUCUCUUGGGCUGGUCUGAUUCAGGCUGUACUGAUUUAGAGAAAACAGCCAUUCAUUCAUUCAAUUAUUCAUUGAAGAAGUAUUUCUUUGGUACCUCUGUACAAGACACUGUUUUGGGAGAAAAGUGAGACAUGGACUAUUAUUAAUUACUUCACGUAGCUAAACUGACUUGACAAAUCCCUCUCUCUAGGCCUCAACUCCUUGACCUAUUCAGAGAUGUGCGUUAACAGCGUACCUAAACUGUUUAUAUUCAAAUUCCAGCUUCGCACUUCUUUCCUGUUAUGUGAUCACAUGCAAGUUCGACUCCCAGGGCUUCAGUUUCGUCAUCUGUAAAAUGGGGAUAAUAUAACUCCUUUCUUUGGGUUUAAGUGAAGGUGAAAUUAAGCUAGUUUACAGCUGACGCUUAGUGCGCCCAAUCAGGGGUGGUCACUAUGUUAAUUCCCUGCUGAUUCCCAGGGCAGCAGACCCACCCUGGAACCACACACAGGUGUUACUUAGGGCGUGGCUUACGGCGGACGGGGGUGGACCAGGGUUUAUAAAGCCAGGGUCUCAGGCGCUCGCCUCAUUCCACCUUGGUUAGACACGGGACAGGUCUUCCAGGCCUUGGCUCCGCACACCAAGGACCAGAAGCAGGGCCGGCCAGCGGUGACCAGUGCGGAGCGGGCCAGGACGGAGCGGACCAGUGCAGAGUCGGCGCGCGGGGACCAAGCGGCUCCAGCUCCCCGCGCGCGCUCGCGCGCGGCCGGGGUACGCGCUGAAAACCUGGUCCCCCGGCCCCCCAGCCCUGUGGGCGGGGCCUGCAGCCGGCCAGCCCCCCACGCCCCGCGCCCCCCCACUUCGCCAAGGCCCGGAAGGGGCCAGUCGCGCUUCCGUCUCCGCCGGGGAUGCACGGAGGGCGGAGCUGCAGCCCGAGGACGCGACGCGAGCCCAGUUCCGGCGAGGAGGCCGCGCCAGUGACAGCGAUGGCGGCGGAGUCGGCGCUCCAAGUUGUGGAGAAGCUGCAGGCGCGCCUAGCCGCGAACCCGGACCCGAAGAAGCUAUUGAAAUAUUUGAAGAAACUCUCUGCCUUGCCUAUUACAGUAGACAUUCUUGCGGAGACUGGAGUUGGGAAGACGGUCAAUAGCUUGCGAAAACAUGAGCACGUUGGAAGUUUUGCCAGGGACCUAGUGGCCCAGUGGAAAAAGCUGGUUCCUGUGGAACGAAACCCCGAGCCUGAUGAACAGGACUUGGAGAAGAGCAAUUCUCGAAAGCGUCCUAGGGAUGCCCUUAAGGAGGAGGAGGAGGUGGAGGGGGAGGGGGACUACCCAGAAAGCUGGAAAGCCUCUGGGAGCCGAUCGUAUAGUCCUGAUAAUAGACAGAAGAAACACAGAAAACUCUCAGAGCUCGAGCGGCCUCAGAAAGUAUCUCACAGUCAGGAGAGGAGAGACGAGAGAAAGAGGUACCACAGAGCCUCUCCAGUUUACUCUUCAGACCACGAGUCUUCCGACUACGGCCAUGUUCAGUCCCCUCCAUCAUCCACCAGCCCUCAUCAGAUGUCUGGGGACCAUUACAGAUCCCUGGAGGAGGACCACGAGCCCUUUGUUCCACACCAGAAGCCUGGCAAAGGCCACGGUAAUGCCUUUCAGGACAGACUGGGGGUCAGCCAAGAACGCCACCUGGGUGAAGCCCAGGGAAGAGAAGUCAUGAGUCAGAGCAAGGAGCACAGAUCUUCCCAUAAAGAAAAACGUCCCGUGGAGGCCAAAGGAGACGAGAAGUCUUCUUUGAGCAGAGAAAAAUCACACAAGGCCCUCUCCAAAGAGGAAAACCGGAGGCUGCCCUCUGGGGACAGUGCAAAGGAGAAACCGCCCUCUAGUGGCGUCAGGAAAGAGAAGGAGAAAGAGGGCGGUACCAAGAAAAAGGUUUCACCCGCCUUGGACGUGGCUUCAGACAACCACCUUAAAAAGCCAAAACAUAGAGACCCAGAGAAAACCAAAUCAGACAAAAACAAGCAAAGUCUAGAAGGCUUAGACACUGGCAAGGGGGCAGGAGACCUGCUGCCCAAGGUGAAAGAGAAGGUUUCUAACAACCUAAAGACUCAAGAAGGGAAAGCAAAACCUUCUCAUUCAGAUAGAAAGUCCGUGGGCUCCUUACCCAAAGCCGAAGAGGCAGAUGUAGAUGAUGAAUUCGAGCAGCCCACCAUGUCUUUUGAGUCAUACCUCAGCUAUGACCAGCCCCGGAAGAAGAAGAAAAAGAUUGUGAAGACGUCAACCACAGCUCUUGGAGAAAAAGGACUUAAAAAAAAUGAUUCCAAAAGCACUAGUAAAAACUCGGACUCAGUUCAGAAAUUACCUAAGGUGAAUGAAAACAAGUUGGAGAAGCUUCUGCCAGCCGGAGCCGAUUCAGCCAAACCGAAAAAGGUCCCCAGUGAGGUGUUGCCAGUGUUACCAGACCUUCCAUUACCUGUGAUACAGGCCAAUUACCGUCCGCUUCCUCCCCUUGACUUGAUAUCUUCCUUUCAACCAAAGCGAAGAGCAUUCUCCUCACCCCAGGAAGAGGAAGAAGCUGGAUUCACGGGACGAAGAAUGAAUUCUAAGAUGCAAGUAUAUUCUGGUUCCAAGUGUGCCUAUCUUCCCAAGAUGAUGACCUUGCAUGAGCAGUGCAUCCGAGUACUUAAAAACAACAUCGACUCAAUCUUUGAAGUGGGAGGCGUCCCGUAUUCUGUUCUUGAACCUGUUCUAGAGAGGUGUACACCUGAUCAGUUGUAUCGCAUAGAGGAAUACAAUCAUGUAUUAAUUGAAGAAACAGAUCAAUUAUGGAAAGUCCAUUGUCACCGAGACUUUAAGGAUGAAAGGCCAGAAGAGUAUGAGUCGUGGCGGGAAAUGUACCUACGGCUUCAGGAUGCCCGAGAGCAGCGGCUACGAGUCCUCACAAAGAAUAUCCGAUCUGCACACGCCAAUAAGCCCAAAGGCCGACAAGCAAAAAUGGCCUUUGUCAACUCUGUGGCCAAACCACCUCGUGAUGUUCGAAGGAGGCAAGAGAAGUUUGGAACAGGAGGAGCAGCUGUGCCUGAGAAAAUCCGGAUCAAGCCGGCACCGUACCCUGCAGGAAGCAGCCGUGCACCCUUCAGCAGUGGCAGCAGCAACAGCUUUAACGCUAGCCCGGAGGAGCCAGCCUAUGACGGCCCGAGCACAAGCGGUGUCCACUCUGCACCUAUGAUCAGCAACACUGUUUCCUAUGACCCUAGGAAACCGACUGUGAAGAAAAUUGCCCCAAUGAUGGCCAAGACGAUUAAAGCUUUCAAGAAUAGAUUCUCCCGACGAUAAACUGAGGACUUACCUUGGAAAUGAAAUUUGGGGGGGGAUGAAUUCGAAGACAGUGGGGGUUGAGGAAUGGAACUUCCAAAGGAGACCGGACUCUGGCUUCAUGGAACCAUUUUGGUCUCUUGAGUCCUGCACAGUCCGCAGGGGUUGUGCCUGCACCUGUGUCCGCAGCCACUGCCUCCCCGCCUGGCGAGCACUUCAGAGUUCUGAAGAAGAUGUGAAGCCUCAUUCUCACUGAGGAUUUUAAGGUCAAUUGUACCUUUGUUGUUAAUUAGCUUCUUUAUAAACUAUAAGACAUAGUUUUAAUUAAUAAAUAUUGCCCCCAGAUUGUAUUUAUAUUACCCCCAGGGUUUUUUGUUUUGGUUUGGUUUUUUUCCAUCUUCCACCACACAUUUAGCCUUUUAUUUUAAGGGUUCUUUGUUAGACAAAAGCCUAGUGAAAGCCAUCCCCCGUCCCAGUUCACCUCUCCUGAGUAGACUUUCGUCCAGAGGGAGGACUGGGUGUGCCCAGAGCCUGUGUGGUGCCUGCUGCACGAAGGGCGAAGAAGGGGUCCAGGCCUGGGCUGCCUGUCCUGGAGGGGGAGCCUUGUGUGGAGAUAGGAAGUGUUCAUGUUGGACCCCUCACCUCUGAGAGCCUUCUCGAGUGUUGCUUUGAGGUCCUGUGCAGGUGCAUCUCUCUCCUACUCAUUAAAUAGUAUUUAUUAAGGGAAGUUAUUUGUAAAGGUCUAGACUCUCCCCCAUCCCUUUUGCCAGGUCCUUUUUUUUUUUUUUUUUUUUUUUUUGAGGCUCACCAGAGGGUACAGAACCCCCCCCCCCCAGUGUUUUGGUUUUUUUCUUUCUUUUAAAAUUUCUGGUUUCUAACUCAAAAUUUAGGCUUUUUUCCCUUCUCCCCACUGGCAUGGGGGCAAAACACAAACACAUGGAUGGCAGCGCUUUUGCAGCCCCACAAAUACAACUUCAGAGUUUUAAAAGCCAGCACUUUGAUCUCUUAUUCUCUGUGAAUCGCUACAAGAAGUGAGUGAUUUUAAAAGUUGUAAUUCGAUGUUGGAAAUUGGUUUUGUUUUUGCCUUUCUUUAAAAGGUAGGAUCAUGUGAUUGGAAAAGCACAACAGUUGGUUAUGUUUCAGAGAGAACUUCGCAGCUUGAAUCUCUUACUUUUUGCAUCUGUAAGCCAGAACCUAGAGGGGAGGACCAGUUUCAGGAAGUGUCUGAGCUGUAGCAUCAGGAUGGGGGAGCCACAAGGGCAUCCACCGGGUUUGGGAAGGGAGGAUCUCACCUUCAGUUGACAGAGGGGGCAAGAUCAGAACUAGGAGGACAGGGUCAGUGUCCUUGGCAGCUGAAGGGCAUUGAUCUAGUAGGAACCCUCUCGGCUGUGAUAGGUAGAAGUAGAUGCUGUACAUCUGAGAUGCCCAUCCUUAAGCAAUGGGUUGAGGGCGUUUUUAGUGUGACAGCCCAAGAGCUUGGCUAUUAGUCCCUUUGACAAGCUCACUCCAAGCCCAGGUUAUGGAGCCCACUGUUUUUAAUCAUUCUGGACACCUCAAAGUGACGCUAACUUUGAAGAUUGCAGAGCAAUGCAGCAAGAAGUGUGCAGCAAAAGCUGGACUGCUCAGUGUGCAUUGCUGUGCAGGGUGCCUGAGGGAUGCAAGUAUUGGUAUGUUUUAAUUUGCUGUAUUUUUGAAUUGGGUAAAGCAUUAUUUCUCUGGAUUGUGUAUUACCGUUCCACCAGUCCCGCAGCCUGCUCCCCAAAUGUGAUAUUAGGAAGCCUUGUACCGAAAACCAAAUGAGCAACUGGGCCUGGUGCCAGACAUCUGUUGCCCAGAAUAGCUUCCUCUAGGUGUGCACCACCUUGAUUUUGUCUCUUCCCUUUGUGCUCAAGUCUUCGCCAUUGAAAUUAGUUUUUCAUAUUUGAUUCCAUUGCAUAAGAUUUAAUUUCCUCUAUUAGGAGUCUUUAGCCAGGGAGGGAAGAAAAAGCACAUCCCAACAUUACUCCCCAUCUUUACAACAUGAAGAUUUUGGAUCACCCCUGUUUGUAUAGAGCCAGAGCUUUCCCCCUCCCCUCCAAGAGUGCCUGCAUCAGGGCUGCGACUUGGUGAGAAGAGUGAGGAGGAAGAAAAACCGAGUUUCUAAACAACCUCCUCUCCUGGGUUACUGAAAUGGCUAAAGAGCAGACACAGGAUGAUGUGGAACCUUAGGUCUCAUGUGUAAAAACUUGUGCAAUUUUUUUUUCUGUGCUACACUACAUACAAAUCACCAAAUUACAAAUUAACCCUUUGUGAUCCUUGGUGUAAUGAGCAUUUUCUUUGGGGCUUUCUCUUUCUUUCUGGGAAGUGGGAGGGAAAGAAGCAAGACAUUAUCUUGCUCUUCAUUUGUAUUUUGGUCCCAAAAUGUAAAUACAAUUUUCUAUGUUACUUUUUUGUGGUAACUACCAAGAUGAAUAUUUUAAUUAGAUAAGUUAUAUGAAAAGGAAGGAAAACUCCACGUCUAAAUAAAAAAAGAAAAAAACA